CAGUUUCAGUAAAAAGCAGCUCGAGGAGGUUUGAAUUAGCGGCGCGGGGGAGCGUGGAGAAGUGUCUACAGUGUCUCGUGCCCAGGGCGCGCGCUCGCAAACCGUGUGCAGCAUAAUGCUGGACACCAUAAGUUGUUAUCCACGCAAUGAAUCCUGCGAACGAAACCAGAGCGGAGAGAACUACAGAACAUUAUUAUUUCACAGCUGGCACCUACAAACUUCUCGCUUUUACUGUCGGGACCAUUGGAGUGUUCGGCUUUUGUAACAACGCCGUUGUCAUCAUACUUUACUGUAAAUUCAAGAGACUGAGGACGCCCACCAAUUUGCUACUGGUCAACAUAAGUUUGAGUGAUUUGCUGGUUUCUGUCAUCGGGAUAAACUUUACAUUUGCUUCGUGCGUCAGAGGCGGGUGGACGUGGAGCCAUGCGACAUGCAUCUGGGACGGCUUUAGCAACAGCUUAUUUGGCAUCGUCUCCAUCAUGACUUUGGCAGCCCUGGCCUAUGAACGCUACAUCCGAGUGGUCCACGCCCAGGUGGUGGACUUUCCCUGGGCGUGGCGAGCCAUUGUCCACAUUUGGCUGUACUCCCUGGCCUGGACGGGCGCUCCUCUGCUGGGUUGGAACCGCUACACGCUGGAGAUCCACCAGCUGGGCUGCUCCCUGGACUGGGCAUCUAAGGACCCCAAUGAUGCCUCCUUCAUCCUCUUAUUCCUACUGGCCUGUUUCUUUGUGCCUGUGGGCAUCAUGAUCUACUGCUACGGAAACAUCCUCUAUGCAGUGCAAAUG